AGUGCUGCAAUUGAAAAGAUUAUGUAAGAAGAUGGGGGCUGAGAACUUACAACCAGAAUGCAGGGUACCUCAGUUUCAGAGUACCGAAAAUGUCUUUUCUCCUUAUGUGAAGAAUUAACGGAAGGAAACGUACAUGAUUUGAAGUAUUUAUGUCGCGAUCGGUUAACAACGAGAGAACUGGAGGAGAAGUUGAAUAUCUUGAGAUAAAACAAGAGAUAAGAAGAGAAAAUCUGUGUUUGUUAGAAGAUCUUCUUACGCAAAUAGGUCGCAAUGAUUUAAUAGAAAACCUAAAUGAGUUCAAGAGCAAAUGCAGCUUUGACUGUAACGCGAAGAGUGGUUCCAUGGGUUUUCAAGUUGACGAUAGCAUGGAAGAUGUUCCUGACGCUGCCGAACAAACCUCAAAUGGCGCCGGCAACAAUAAUGAUCCAACUUCAAGUGAGUCACGUCAGUGACGAGAAUGUGCUUAUAGUUCCGCCCAAGACAAUGUCUCUUCUUUCUACCUGACGCUCUCUCUUUGGCUGGGAUCUCGUGGUACCUUCGAAUGUCGAUGGUCGUCAAUUUAGAAUAAUAUGGAGAAUACAAAUUUUAUUUGGACACGAUAAACAUGUUUACAGAAAUUUGGCUGAAUGCAUAUACAUUUAAUUCAACACAUGAACAACUUUAGUGAGCUGUUUCACGGCGUUACCAGGAUGAAAUGAAAACUUUCGGCCUAAGGCCUUUGCUCGUGUUCUCGUGGUUGGACUUGUCAUCAUUUACUAUCUGCUUUGAUCUUGUCCAUCCUUAAUCUUUGUUGCUUCACCUUUGUUCUUUUGUGCUCCCUUUGUGUUAUUCUACCUAAACAAAUAUUUUGCAUGUAUCUUCAAGGGUACCAGGAUCGAUAAAUCGACCGAUGCAUCUGUCCAUUUAUCAAUCGUUACUCGAUCUACACUCGAUCUACACUCCAUAUACACUCGAUCUAUACUCGACCGACACGCGACCGACAUGUCGAGCGAUGUGUAGUUAGAGCUUUCUCUGAUGUCGGCCAAGGUAUCGACCGUGACCAUAUUGGUAGCUUAUCGGUUAACUACCGGUGGCACAUAUCGGUCAACUGUAGGCGGAAUAUUGGUUGAGUAACCAUAGGCGGCCCAAGCUCUCUUUGAGAACCACACAAAGAACACAAUUUGCAUAUUUAUAAGGAUUUGUAUGGGA